AUUGCUGCUCCUUCUCAAGGAAGGUGUCGCUAGAGAAUUACUUAGACUUGUAGUAAUGUAUUCUCAAGUAGCAUUGGUCGUGUAGAUGUCCUCCCUAUUGCUAUUUAUGGGAUGUGGAGAGGAAUGCAUUCUAGGAGAAUUGACCCUGUUCAAAAUGUCAGUUGUCUUGAUGCUAGUAGCCUUGAUGUCAUGCUUCAGGGGGUUUUCCACUAACAUACAAGGUGACACUUCGGCUCAAGGAGGUUCUAAUAGCGAUACGACUCCACGAUGUAGACGGUAUAUUGCAUAUAGGCUUUGCCUUCUCCCUCGUGAAGACAGACCAAAAGCGAUUACCUGCAUGGAAAACACCAUGUCAACUUUACCCACUUACAAAAUAGGUCAAGCUAUCCAGUGGUGUGUAAACUAUCACAUCGAUCACUCUGGACGUGAGGAGUCCAGCCGAAGUAAAGGUCCUUUUGACAUUCCUGUUGUUGAUGCUAUGGAAAAAUUGUGUUCUGUAACACGAGUUCAAAUAGGAUAUCCUGUUAACUACAUGAAGGCAAUUGGAAGAGAAGCAGCUCUUGUUAUGGACUGUGUUGUUACCAAAGCAGCUAUAUCAGAUGAUCGUUUCGUGGUGUUAAAGUUCGAACCAAAAUGUUUUCAAGGUGAAGCUUAAGUUCUAGACAUUAAG